GUGAAUGGUACCGAUUAAAAGUAACAUUAAUUUCGCGAGAAGUUUAGACUCACAUUUUGAGCGUAAGGACUUCUGUCUCCAACACUUCUGAAUUAGUGAUACAUCACACGAACUAUAUGUAGCUUAAACACGACGGUUAACUGUUCCUACAAAUAAGUUAUCUGCCUUUCAAAACAGGUGGAAAAAUAAUUAAUGAACAAAGAUUAAAAAGGGAUACCACGUAUCAGCCGCGGAGGGAUACUAAGUUCUUUCCCAAUAUGUUGUUGUUAAUGGGUAGCGUGAUUGGUUGUGAGUCGUAGUGGUUUUGUUGUGGGUGUGAAUGAUGGCUGAAAGUAGUUUCAGCCUGUACAAUGAAAAGUAUUUCAAAAAUGACCUUCGACUGUAACGCGGAAAUUACAAUUACUGUUACAUAAGUUUUCAAACGCUGAAGCAAUGACGUCUUCCUGUGUUUAUACCAUGUUACAAGCAGCUAUCUUGGCUUACCUGCACAUCGCAGUUACGAAUGGGCUCGAAUGCUAUUGUGACAUUUGUCUUGAGACUGACUACAAAUGUAUAACAGAUGGCUACUGCUUUACGUCUAUCUUCAUGGAUAAAAAUACAGGGUCCACGGAAUUACAGUACAGUUUAUGUUCACACUAAGGCAGACAAAACAACAGAGAUACCCAAACAUGUUCACCUCUGGACCUUCAGUGGCACUGACGAUGUGCCUGGAUAGUAAUUUUCCUCCUGAAAAUCCCAUCGCUUGUCAUUACUCCAACAAACUUAAUGACACUUUUGUCGUAGAAUGUUGUAAGCAAUCUGAUAUGUGUAACAGAGAUUUGAAACCAACUCUCAAUAACAACAAAGAAACAGCAGACCAACACGUACUUCGAGGACCUGUGAUGGGAAAGUGGGAACUAGCAAUAGUAAUUGCAGGCCCAAUUGUAAUAUUCUGUUUUCUAUCAGUAAUGGCCUACUGUUUCUGGAAUCACCAGAAGCGGAGACUGCAUCAACUUAGGUAUCAUCCAGAUGAUUCAAUUGAAGCUCCUGAUCAUCCUAUUCUGGGAGGUGUAUCGUUGAGAGAUAUGAUUGAGAUGACCACUAGUGGUUCUGGUUCAGGUCUGCCUCUUCUUGUCCAACGCAGUAUAGCAAGACAGAUUCAGCUGGUUGAAAUUAUCGGUAAAGGACGCUUUGGAGAAGUGUGGAGGGGUCGAUGGCGGGGAGAAAAUGUUGCAGUAAAAAUUUUUUCAUCUCGGGAGGAAAGGUCAUGGUUUCGGGAAGCAGAAAUUUAUCAGACAGUUAUGCUGAGACACGACAAUAUUUUGGGUUUCAUAGCAGCAGACAAUAAAGACAAUGGAACAUGGACACAGCUGUGGCUCAUAACAGAUUAUCAUGAAAAUGGCUCCCUUUUUGACUACUUGAAUAGGUGCACUGUGGACACAGCUGGCAUGAUCCGAAUGUCCCUUUCCAUAGCAACAGGUCUAGCUCACUUGCAUAUGGACAUUGUCGGAACACAAGGGAAACCUGCUAUAGCACAUCGUGAUCUCAAAACUAAAAAUAUCCUAGUAAAAUCCAAUGGAACUUGUGCUAUUGGAGACUUAGGUCUCGCUGUUAGACAUGAUGUGGCCACAGAUACUGUGGAUAUACCCCUUAACAACCGUGUUGGCACGAAACGCUACAUGGCACCUGAGGUACUUGAUGAACUAAUAAAUACCAACCAUUUUGAUUCCUUCAAACGAGCUGAUGUCUAUGCUUUGGGGCUGAUAUUCUGGGAAAUAGCAAGGAGGUGUAAUGUUGGGGGCAUCUAUGAUGAAUAUCAGUUGCCAUUUUAUGACAUGGUACCUUCAGACCCAACUAUUGAAGAAAUGAGGAAGGUUGUAUGCAUUGAUCGACAAAGGCCGUCCAUACCAAACAGAUGGCAGUCAAAUGAGGCAUUGCAUGUCAUGUCAAAACUUAUGAAAGAAUGCUGGUAUCACAACGCAGCUGCUCGCCUGACUGCCUUGCGGAUCAAAAAAACUCUUGCCAAUCUUGGUGUGUCUGAAGAUCUCAAAAUUUAGGUCUUGUUACAAAUCAGUAUGUCUCAUGGCAAACUUUUAUAUGUUUAAUGUGUGGAGUGUGUCACAUUGCUCUUGCUCAGAGGAGCGCCCUUCUAAAAGCAGCUUCAACAAUUUUACAAAUGACCAUAUUUCCGCUAGUCAUUUUUUUAUAUACAUGUAAAUUUGAUGAACUUCGUGUCAUCAGAAGAUGAUGUAGUGAAUGAUUCUUUUUAGCCCUUCAACAAGUUUUGUUACAAUUUAUUUAAGACAGAUGUUUUUCUCAUAUAGUGUUUUACCUGUGAGUGCAUAGAAUUAUAAAAAUGUAGUUUUACUUUUGCACAGUGAUAUUUUCCACUGUAUCAUAAUUCCAGCACUAUGGAGUUUGAAAGUUCAUCUCAAGGACAUCGCAACCAACUCUAGAUUAAUAAUUGUUUAUGAUAAUUUUAGCAGCUUAUCAUGUGAGAUUAAUUAGGAAACCUAAGUGUCUUGAUCUUUUGUUUGCUGUGUCACAUACUGUCUUAUUGUUUAAAUGGUGCUUUUUCUCUGUUACACAUUAUUAGCCAACUGGUAAUAUUUCCUCUAGUUGCAUCAAUUUUUGUUAUGAAAAAGUGGCGUAUUCGUGCCUGUCGAGACAUAAGGUAGAAAUCAGAGCAAGUGAUUAGUACUGUUACAAAACGGACAAACACAUAAAAUGGAGCCAGUCACAAGUAUAAUGUUGCCUUCUUUCAACAAAGUGCGAUUAAUAAUAUGUUAAAUUAUGAUGAAAUUGUAUUGAGAAACUCAGUCUGUAAUCAUGCAAUACCAAACCAAAAUUAGGAAAAAACUAGUAUUUCAGGAGAAAGGAAUAUUAAUAAAGACAAUAUGUCUGUAGGGAAAUACUGAUAUUUUUUAAAAUCAUGUUUCCAGACUAGCUGUUUUAUCAGGUUUUACAUUUUGUAUAAAUUUUGUCAGAGUUUUUCUAUUUAUGAAACUGAAGCAGAUGUAAUACAAUUUUGUACAGUCCUUAGACAUGAGUUUUCUGUGCCACAUGUAUGUAAAUAUAACCAGAGAUGUUUUGCAUUGGAAUUGUUAAUAGAAAUCUGGCCAAUUUGGACAGAAAAUAUUAGCCACAAAUUUAUUUACCAAUUGUGCACACCUAUAUAGUUGAUGAAAUGAUGUUGAAGGGCUAUGAAAGAAACAUUCAUUUCCAAAAUUAUAGAAAUGAAGUAAGAAAUAUUUUUUUCAGUGUAAAACAAAAUGUCAACGUACAGUUCGGAUAUAAAUUAAGUAUAUAAGGCAGCUAGAAACAGUACUAGAACAUUUGGCUAUACUACAGUGGUAACAGUAUCAUUGUAAUACAUAUUUUAUUCCUUAUCCUCCUCAGUAAGAAUCUCACUGCAACUCAGAGUAGUCAAAUCAAAUCAAAUCAAAUCUUGCAAUUGGGCACAAAAAACUUGAAACCCCAUUUAUAAAGUUAACAUUUGGCCGGCUGGGAUAUUUAGUGUGUAAUGCAUCAUGAUAAAUGUUUGCAAUUCACUUCCACUAUAUCACUCUCAGUAGUUACGGUAGCAUACAGGGAGACCAUAGAGACUCAGUUCCGAAGAGAUCAUUGACACUAUUAAUUUAAUAAUUUUGGUGAUUUUUUGUAAAAAUACAAAUUUUAAUUUUUGAGAUAAUUCCUUUUAAUAUUUAUCAGAAAGAGUUUGUGACAUUUUUGUCUACUGUUGGAACUUCAGUUUGUCAUGAGUAAUUGUGGCUUGUGGGAGAAGGAGACAAAAAAGAUCAAUUUAAUUAAUAACUAUGUGUCUCAUAUAGUGGGCAACAUGAAUGUGAUCUUAUGUGAUAUCCCACACCCGUCUAUGCAAAUACUGAGGCAGUUCACAAUCUCCACUCAGAAAGAUUGCACAACCGUUAAAACAUGAAAAAGACACAACAGUUAUCUGAUUCACAGACAGAAUGGCACUGUGUUAAAUCUUAGUAAAACAUGUUAGCAAGAUAACAUGAAGCGCUUCUUAUGGAGCAAUAACAAAUCCUAAAUUCACAGAAAUUAAAUAACUGAUGUGAAUUGUGCACCGCUAAAGGCUGGAGAAACAUUAUUCAGUCCAAUAGCCUUUGUAGAAAUACAAGCUACAUCCUUACAAUGAGCUGUAAGACAAAAAUGCUGAAAAUAUGUUUUUCUGUCUAUUGAUCACCUCUCGUUUAUAGUAGAUGACAUAAAGGUUCACUAAACAAUCCAAACAAAUUUGGAUGACAUUUCAGACUGAAUUCUUUUGGGGGCUAAAGAGCACAUUGUAGAUUUGUAUGCUGAAGCAGUAGUUGUGCAACUGAAGAGUUUUCAUUUUGUUGUUUCUGUUCUGAAAUUUAUAUUGCUAGUGUGUGGCAUAAGUUUUAUAGGGAAAAAACAUAAACUCGAAACAGCUGUUCACAGAUGCAGAGGUGAGUGAAUUUCCAUACAUUGUCACUGGAAAAUAGUCUGCUCCACAGAUAUUUUGCCCAAAGGAGUAAAACUUUUAAAGUACCAGGACCAAGUGGGGCAGAUUGUCAGUCACAGUGCGACUAUGUUUUUAUACUUCCUAUUCAUCACAGACCUUGGACCCAAUAGCUUUUUUAGUGUCUUCUGUUCAGGAAAAUGUAAUUCCUUCCUUUCUGUCCAGUGCUUCAUAUCCUGCUAGUGCCUGGUAUGGACUGGUAUGGACUGGUAUUUUAUGUCUCCAAUCUCACAAAGAACCAAUGAUACCUUUACAUAGGCUAUUAUUAGUUAAUUAUAAGAGGGUCACCUCUCCCAAAGGCACCCCCCCCCUCCCCCUUCCUCCGCCAGGAGGAAUAGGUGUACCCAUUCUGCCUGCAUCUAUUGUUCACUUAAUGGUUAAAUGAGAGAUCAUUUUCCAAAGUUUUUAUGUAUUAUGUAUCUGAGGCAGGACAUGGGAACCAGCCCAGCAAUUUCCUUGGUAGAUGUGGAAAGCCGCUUAAAAAUCACACCCAGACUGGCUGGCACAUCAGCCUCCAUCAUUAAUCUGCAAGGUGAUUUGAUCCAGGGCCAGUACCCCUCCCAAUAUCCCAGAAGAAGGUGCUUUAACACAGUUUACUAUCCAGGCAUUGGGAAAAAAUGGGGCAAAUGCGGUUCCAUUUCUAAUAAAGGUUCCGAUGUGAACAUACGGUUCUGGUAAACAACACGAGAACUGAUUGAAUAACUAUGUUGACUAUAAUAGAAAUUAGUUACUGUUGCCAUCAUAAGUCAUUGAAGAUAGGCUAAAUACUCUGAAUGAGAGCCGUUUAAGCCACCCAAUUAAAAAGAAAGAAGGAAAUUCCGCAACGUGUAUUGGAAUAUCAAAAUACAGUGAGAGGCACCAGCCUCAGUAUAGCAAGGUUAGUAUGACUAUUUAGUGUCAUUUAGUAUAUACCAACCAAACAAUGUGGAACUGAAGGCAUAAAUAUAAGAUUUAUAGCAUACUGCAUAAUAUUAUAUUUUGUGCAAAACAGAAGUGAGCUUUGUUCACCUGAUGACAGUAUUAGAAACCCAGGAAAUUGAGUAAGAGAUAAAACACAUCAGCUUUCAGUUUAAUUAAAGCUGCUGAAACUGAGAUGUCCACUACCACUUUUCUGAACCAUAUCUACCAGUAAGUAUAUUUACAAUGCAUCACAAUGUUAGAUCUUUGACAAUGCAUUUUCAUGGAAAGAAUAAUAUACUUGAGGUGUUUACAAGCAAAAGUGCUUAUUUGUAAUGCUGUGUAUGCUGUUUUUUAGCUCAUAUGCCUGUUGAAACAGGCAGAUAUUUUGCAAUCUUAAAAUAUGUAGAACAGUGAUUCAUAACUCGUCUUAUGUAAUUGACCAUGAAAUAUUUUGCAAAAACAAAACAAAGAGCAUGUUUUGAAUCAUGUCUCUUUAGUUUAAAAAAUAAGUGAAAUGAGAGAGACUGGAAACUGGAACAUACCCCAUUAAAAUAAUUAUUAAGUAAUUUUAAGAAGUGCAUUGUAAAUGACUGGUUUGGUAUACAUUUUUAUGUACACCAAACCAGUCAUUUUUAUGUACAGAAAAUAAUCUUGUGUUACUUAAAUUUCAAGCUUUUUCCAUUGCUUCUCUACAUAAAUGUGUGCUGUGUUAUGCUGUUGUUCGUUUUCCCCUGUGACGAGGGGAACUAUUUUAUGAGUUUCACACAGUGAUGCUGUUUUUGCUGUCUCUUUCUUUAUAAAGAUUGUUAUUUAUUUUUGUAAUUUUUAUGCAUAUAUGAAGUAUUUUCUGUCAUAUAUAUUCUGAGCUAAUGGAUGUAUCAUCUGUACUAUGUUUUCUAUUAUUUAUAUCUGCAAAAAGUUAACUUCUUUUGAUCUAGUAACUUGGAUUAAUAUUUGUUGAUCUAGUAACUUGGGUUGAUAUUAGUUAUGUCAGCAAAGCUUCAUUUCACCAUUAUGUUAUCUUCUUCUAAAUGAAAGAAAUAACCAGUUUUCUCUAUCCAAUUAAACAACAGUUUUCUCUUCUGGAAUACAUGUCAGAUCAACACUUCAGACAAACCAAUUAGCCAUUCUCCUGUUUCCUGUUUGUGUUUAUCUCAUGAAAACAAUUGAUGUUUUCAGUAAGAGUUGUGGGGUGUGAGCUUGCAGUAUUUACUUUAUGUUCCUUGCUAGAUUCACAUACAUUACAUGAAAUCUUUUAACUAUAUACUGUAAAAAAAGUUGUGAAUUUUGCAAUUUUUUUAAUGUAAUGAACUGAAGUUCAGAUUGUGGUAAUCAUAUGUUAACAAAACUAAUUCGUGGCCUUCAGUGAGCUUAAUCAACGGUUUUGAUAGGAAUAAAUUACAGUCAUCAUUUAUAUUCGACAUAACUUUUAAAUGUAACUGAUCUUGACUACUCUGAGAUGCACUUCACUGAACCUUAGAAAAAACAUUUUUUCCUAUGAUUUUGUCAGAAAGCUGUCACAGAUGGCUGUUACAAUGUGUACUGCCCUCAUUAUGGUGUGUGCACCAGGUUUAUUCCUCGCAUUUUCUCAGUUAUUUAUUUCUUACUGACAUGUAAUGCAGUAUACCUCAUAUCCUUUUUUAUUAUUUUAUUUAUUGUGUACAUAUUUGAAGUGUAAAUGCAUUUAUAUGUUAGUUUCAGCUCACUUAAAUGUAAUAAACUGUUUUUAAUUAGGAAGUUCUUAGCUUCAUUGCACAUGUUAUAACUUUGUGCUGUGUGUGAGUUACUUUUUUUAUGUAAAUGAUUCCCGUAUUGUUUGUAUGACCCUACAGAGAAUUAUAGUUUCAUUAUUUAGUUUAUGAUUUAAGUAUGUUACAGUAACUCAUGUAUUCUUUCUGAUCAGCUGUGCAGCUGAGAAAUAUUUUAGUAACUAAGGGCUAAGUUUGUCCACAGUGCAUGGAGUAUAAUGCAUCAUUUCUUUUCUUUGUUGCAAGGUAUUUACAGAGGACUUUUAUAUGCUGCAGAGAGAAAUGGAGCUGUGUAUUGUUAUAAUAUUGUGACUUUUUUUUUUAAACUUGCUAAUGUUGAAUUAUAUACAGAAAUCAGAAUGAUUUAUGUUUCAUAUUGCUAACACAUUUACUGAGAAGAGGCUCACAACUGCUAUGUGGUAUUAAAAUUAGCUUUUUCAUUUCCUCCAUUUCAUUUUCAAUUUUUUAAUAAUGAUUAGAACUGUAGCAGUGUAGAAUAAUGGCAAAUUUUAAUACCAUACAGCACCUGUCGCUAUCAGCAAUAGUGUAGCUGGUGCAAAGCCAAGCAGUGAGAGGCAGUUUAACUAUGUUGAACCCGAAACUAAAAUGACUGAAAGUAAUAAUCAUAACAGUUGUGCAACUGAGACAAUGGAAAAUAAAGGGUAAUUUUAA